GCUUUUGCUUAUUUUUUGUUGACAAGUUGUGACAAGUGUCAAAAAACCAUAUGCAUAAACAAUUAUUAAAAUAAAAACAAAUAAAAAAAGAAUUAAAUUCAUACUUUUACUUGCCAGUGUAUUUAAUUUUGUUAAUUAAUUUUUUAUUUUUCUUUAAUAAUUAUGGAGCCAAAUGACAAUAACAAUGAUGAUAAAAGACCAAAAUUUGGCAAUCGUCAAUUGACUGAUGACGACAAUGUUUUUAAACACAAUGCAUGGGAUAAUGUUGAAUGGGAUGAAAAUCAACAAGAAGCUGCACAAAAAAAAGUAACUGAAAAUUCAUGUGUAACAUUGACAAAUGAACAACUUGAAAAUUUAGAAAUUGAUGCUGAUAAAAAUUGGGAUAAAUUUUAUGGAAUACAUCAAAAUAGAUUUUUCAAGGAUAGAAAUUGGUUAUUUACAGAAUUCCCAGAAUUAGCACCACAUAUUCAUGAAAAUGAUAAAAAUGAAUCAGUUAAAUUGAAUCAACAACAGUUGGAAUCAUCAAAUGACAAUGAAAAAUUAACUGAAAAUAAUAAAAAAACAGCUGAAAAUAAUGUUAAUAAUGACAUUGAAUAUUUGGAAGAAAAAAUGAAACAUUUAACUGAUGAUUUAUCAACAAAAAGUCAUAAAAUAUUUGAAAUUGGCUGUGGUGUUGGAAAUACAAUAUUUCCAAUUUUACAAUACAAUACUAAUCCAAAUUUAUUUAUCUAUGGCUGUGAUUUUUCAUCAACAGCAAUUGACAUACUAAAACAAGAUUCAAAUUAUGAUAAAUCAAGAUGUCAAGUAUUUGUUUUAGAUGCAACAAAAGAUGACUGGUCAACACCAUUUGAUGAGCAAACUUUAGAUGUUAUUAUUUUGAUAUUUGUUUUUUCAAGUAUCCCACCAGAAAAACAACAACAUGUGGUACAACAAAUGUAUAAAUACUUGAAGCCAGGUGGAAUUGUUUUACUUCGAGAUUAUGGAAGAUAUGAUUUGGCACAAUUGAGAUUUAAAAAAGGUCGUUGUUUAGCUGAUAAUUAUUAUGCAAGAGGUGAUGGUACCCUUGUUUAUUUUUUUACACAAGAUGAAAUUAAAAAUUUAUUUUUACAAUGUGGAUUCGAAGAGAUACAAAAUAUUGUUGACAGAAGAUUACAAGUUAAUCGAGGUAAACAAUUGAAAAUGUAUCGUGUUUGGAUACAAGCUAAAUAUCGUAAACCUUUGUUAUGAUAUUGUUGUUAAAUUGUUUAAUAAAUAAUUAAUUAAAUAAAUA